UUAUUCAUUGGAAAUAAUAUGAAGAAAAGUAGUUCCAAUAGCUCCUCAUCUGAAAGAGAGACUUCUGGAUCCCUCAAAAUUCUAGACCAAAAGUACUCUAUAAUAAGGAAUUUAGGAGGCACGGUUAAUACUAAGGCUCACUUGGUGAAGGAUAUUAUUACCUCGGACAUUUUGGCAAUCAAAAUUGCUCAGAAAGAGGAGAAGGAUGAACUGGAGAGAGAAUAUGACUUCCUCACUUCUUUCGACCACCCUAAUAUUAUUAAACCCUUCAUCUAUGUCUCAGAAGGUGCCCUAGUCUCGGAGGAUGAGAACAAAUUGCUUUCUUACAAAACUGAAGAUGAAGAGUAUUUCGACUCAAAGGAAUGAGCUUAUUUCACUCUUAAGUUCUAUGAGAAUGGCGACUUGUUCGAGAACAUCUCAAGAGGAGGACCUGUCCAUGAAGGAAUGGCUAGAUAUUAUUUCCUCCAACUUGUCAAUGCAGUCGAAUAUCUUCAUCUCAGAAAUGUUGCACAUCGUGACAUAAAGCUUGACAAUAUUCUCCUAGACGACAACUUCCAAGCUAUGCUAAUAGAUUUCGGAUUUUCGGAAGAAUGAAGACUAAAAGUCGGUGAUAAGCUCGAUGAUUGAGAGCGUGCAAAUAUUAGGGGUACCAAAGGAUAUAUCUCUCCAGAACAAUUAUAUGCAGACGGUAAUGAUCUCAUAUGCUUCAAAUAAAUGUGACAUUUUUGCUCUUGGAGUUGUACUUUUUAUUCUGCUGAAGGGAGUACGUCCUUUCGAAUCCCCUACAAGAGAUGAUGAAAAAUAUCAGUAUCUUAUCUUGAAGAAAAAUAGUUAUUUUUGGAAGAUGCAUCAGAUGAAAAGACGAGAGUUCUCAAAUAAAGUAUACAGCAUCUUGUCUCACGAAGUAAAAUCUUUAGUGUGAGAUCUCUUAAACCCCGAUCCGAAUAAGAGACCAGACAUUAGUGAGAUUAAGGAACAUCCAUGGUUCGCCAAGAAAGAAGUCCUUUCUGACGAAGAGAUUAAGAAAUUGAUGUCGGAUAGGAUACUUAACUAAACCGUAUUUCAAACCCUAGCUUAUUUCUACAUUUUCAAAUU